CCGACGCCGCCAUCUUUGUUAGGGGCACCUGGGUCUGGUGUUUGGAGAUGCCGAAGUCGUGCGCGGCCCGGCAGUGCUGCAACCGCUACAGCAGCCGCAGGAAGCAGCUCACCUUCCACCGGUUCCCGUUCAGCCGCCCGGAGCUGCUGAAGGAAUGGGUGCUGAACAUUGGCCGGGGCAACUUCAAGCCCAAGCAGCACACGGUCAUCUGCUCCGAGCACUUCCGACCUGAGUGCUUCAGCGCCUUUGGAAACCGCAAAAACCUGAAGCAGAAUGCCGUGCCCACGGUGUUUGCCUUUCAGGACGCCGCGCAGCUGGUGAGGGAGAACACGGACCCGGCCGGUGGGGGUGCAGAUGCGGACCCGGAGAAGGAGGAGGUGGUCUCCGAGGCGGGGCCCGCGGAGUGUGGCCUGGGGAGGAAGACGGACGCCGCCCUCGAAGCACUGCCCCCGCACGCCGGCGGCCCCGUAGAACAGGUCUCGCCGCAGAGACCGCAGGGAAGCCAGGCGCCUGGUCAGCCGGCCAGCCCCGCACAGCCGUCCGAUCACAGCUACGCCCUUUUGGACUUAGAUGCCCUAAAAAAAAAACUCUUCCUGACUCUGAAGGAAAACGAGAAGCUCCGAAAACGCUUGAAGGCUCAGAGGCUGGUGAUACAGAGGAUGUCCAGCCGCCUCCGCGCCCACAGAGCGGGCCAGCCGGGACUCCAGGCCAGGCCGCCGCCAGAGCAGCAGAGCUGAGCCGCACGGCCAGGCUUUCCUGUCGGAGCCUCUCUGGGGGGUGGAACGGUGGCUGUGGGGCUCUGGCCACGGACCUUUCAGUCCUGCCGCUGACAGGCAAAGGGACAGUGAGGCUUGCCGGGUCAAGCCCGUGGUGAGGAGCCCGGGCCACCUCAGGGGAAGUUUAGUGGCAUCAGCCCCAGGACAGGGCGGGAUCGUGAUCAAGAGGAGCUCGGUGCUCCCUUUCGACAAAAGCUUGGGCGGGGGUCUUCAGAGCCACCGCACGGGGCGCCCCCGCUGGGGAGGAAGCGCACUUCCUGGCGGGGCAGCUGGGCCCAGGCCCUCGGUCACCUGGAGGACAACAGCUCCGAGUGGCUGGGACCCACCUCCGAGAUCAGGCGUGCCUCCUUCCCCCCUUCCCCGGCCCGGUCUGAGCGAAAGACAUAAUAAAGUGUCUUCCUACGCCA